CUAACCCGGACUCGGUGUAUGGCCACGGAGUUUCGGCGUGUGGACCCCAUGCCCUGCCACACCCCGCAAGUGAGAUCGCUUUCCACCCUGAGCCUGGACGUGCCGCGACCCGGAGACCGACUCCCCGAUCAUGCCGAGGGGAACAGCGCCGCCGUCGCCAAGCCCGCUGUCUUCGCCGGGUACGCCCAUUCCAGCCGGCCCGACCCGUGGGCCCCCGAGGCCUGCGGCGGCCCCGCUCUCGGCUCCGAGGGGAAAGGCGGCGGUGGCAGCGAUGACGCAGUCGCCAGAUACUUCUUCCUCGGCGACUGUGAGCUCUCGCAGCAGAUCGGGACGCAGCUCAAGCUGCUCCCCAUGAACGAUCAGAUCCGCGAGCUGCAGACCAUCAUCCGGGACAAGACAGCCAGUAGAGGGGACUUCAUGUUUUCUGCGGAUCGUUUGAUCAGACUUGUUGUGGAAGAGGGAUUAAAUCAGUUGCCAUAUAAAGAAUGCACGGUGACCACUCCAACAGGGUACAAAUAUGAAGGAGUGAAAUUUGAAAAGGGAAAUUGUGGGGUCAGCAUAAUGAGAAGUGGAAGCUACAUUGCCACUGAAGUCGUCUGCUAUGUCCCUGUGAGGCCUUGCUCUAAAUGGAGCUUCUUUGGCGAGGCAAUGGAACAAGGUUUACGAGAUUGCUGCCGAUCUAUAAGAAUUGGAAAGAUCCUGAUUCAGAGUGAUGAGGAGACCCAAAGAGCCAAAGUGUAUUAUGCCAAGUUUCCUCCAGAUAUUUACAGGAGAAAAGUCCUUCUGAUGUAUCCAAUUCUUAGCACUGGAAAUACUGUAAUUGAAGCUGUAAAGGUUCUUAUAGAACAUGGAGUUCAACCCAGUGUUAUUAUUCUUCUCAGUCUAUUCUCUACUCCUCAUGGUGCCAAGUCAAUCAUUCAAGAGUUUCCAGAGAUCACAAUUUUGACUACUGAAGUUCAUCCUGUUGCACCUACCCAUUUUGGACAGAAAUACUUUGGAACAGACUAAAUUAUUUAAGGGAAUUUAAUUAGUUUGUGUAACACCAUGCCUAUGUUUUGAAUUUUACCUGUUUUGUAAAUUCCCAUGAGGAAUGGCAGAGAAAUUUAUGUUAACUUGCAUUGUAAUUUUUAGAAGUGAAUAUAACAAAAAGAUAUAUUUCAA